AUGAAGAGGAAGGCGGAAGUGAGCUUGGGUUCAGAUCAUAAGUGGCGGAGAGGAAACAAGAUUGGCGAAGGAGGCUUGGGUUCCGGCCAUAAGUUGCGGAGAGGAAAGAAGAUGGGCAAAGGAGGCUUGGGUUCAGGUCAUAAGUGGCGGAGAGGAAAGAAGAUCGGCGAAGGACGCUUCGGUUCUGUGUUCAUUGCAUUUUCCAUGAGGCCCUAUAUCAUCUCCAAUCAUAUGCCGAAGGCCAUGGCUAUGAAAUCAGCAAAGAUCAAGGAUUCCGAUUCCAUUCGAUACGAGCUGGAGGUGUUUAGGGAGUUGAUUAACGAGGGCGGUUCUUGCUCCUCCAUCAUUGAGCACUAUGGUGAGGAGGUAACACGGAGUGAUGAGGGUGAAGAGAUCUAUAACUUGGCCUUGGAAAUAGCAUGGGGAAGCCUUGCUAAGUUGAUAGAGAAGACCGUUCAUGGGUUGGGACAAAACCAUGUAAGGCGGUAUACCCGUGAUAUUCUUAAAGGUGUUGAACACAUACACAAGAGUGGGUAUGUCCACUGUGAUUUGAAACCAGAUAACAUCUUGCUUUUGAAAAAUGAAGAUUAUAUUGAUCAAUAUCUCUGUCCCUAUGUGGCCAAAGUUGGUGACUUGGGGCUGGCCAAGAAGGAGGAGGAGGUUCAGGAACGCUGGAGAGGCACACCCAUGUACUUGUCUCCUGAAGCUGUAGAAGACAAUGUCCAAGAACGACCCAGUGACAUAUGGGCUGUGGGGUGUAUUGUUCUGGAAAUGCUUACGGGAGAGUGCCCCCGGAAUCAUUUCUAUGAUGGUGAGAGUGGUACUCUCCACAUUGUUGAUGGAAUGGAGCCAAAAAUUCCUGAUACGAUCUCGAGUCUUGCUAAGGAUUUUCUAGAGCUUUGCCUAGCUAAGGUUCCUGAGCAAAGGUGGACAGCUGAAGAACUUCUAACAACUCAUCCCUUCGUGGCAAAUCUUGAAUUAGAUAGUGAUAAUUGAAAGCCCAUGUGUAAGUUCUAAGGGGACGAUGUUGUAUU